AUGAUUAUUAAAAUUAUAAAUGGUUUAAUUAAAAAAAGUUAUAAUUCAUUUUUUUCAAAAUGUUUAGCUUGUUAUAAUCAUAAUUUGAUUAAUUUACCUAAAAAUGACAGAUAUAUACCGAACAAUUUUUUUAAUAUUGAAGAAGAAUUAGAUAAAGAGAAAUUAAUAUAUUUAAUAAAAAAUAUACAAAUGAUUAAUUUAAAAGAAAAGAAUAUUUUGAAUAAUAUAAGUAAUUUAUUAAAAAAAUAUAUAAAUGAUUAUAAUAUAGAUGAAAUAUAUUUAAUUAUACAUAGUUUCUGCAAAUUAAAUUUUACGAAAUAUUCUUUAUACAAUAGGUUUGUAAAAAUUAUUAUGAAUAAAAAACCAGUAAUGAAUACUAGAAUAUUAACACAAAUAUUAAUUGAUUUACAUAAACUAUCUUCAUUAGAUAUUAAUGUUUUGACAUUUUUUACUGAACAUUACAUAAAAGAUUCUAUAAGUAAAUUUUCUUUAUUUGAUUUUUCAAUGAUUUUGUUUAUAUAUAAUAAAUAUAAUUAUAACGAUUUCAUAACAAUUAACAGCAUAUGUAAAAUAAUUAAAGAGUAUUUUUUACCAAUUAUAAAUGAAGACAAGGGAGUUUUAACAACCAUAUUAUUAAGUAUAUCUACUUUAAAUUUAAAUUAUGAAUUUUAUCACUAUUUAUUAAAAAAAUAUAUAUAUAAAAAUUAUGAACAUUUUGAAAUUAAAUAUUUAUGCAAUAUUUCUUAUUCUAUUGUAUUAAGACUAGUCAAUAAUUGUAUAACAGAUGAUUUGUUAAAUAUUAUAUUAAAUGAUAUAAUAACAUUAUUGUUAAAUAAUUUGCAUAAGUUAAAAAAUGAAGAAUUAAAGCAAAUACAUAUAGUAUUAUACUAUUUAAGAGAUGUAGAAAGAAAAUAUGAAAAGGGUAUAAACAUAAUUGAAAAAAAGAAUAUUAAAAAUACUGUAACUAUUUCAAAGAUGCAACAACAAAUUGAAAAACUUUUCAAAGAAAUUGGAAUAAAUGUACAAAAGGAAUAUCCAAUUGGCCCAUAUAUAUUAGACUUUGCUUUAAAAAAAAAAAAAAUUUGCAUUGAAGUAAAUGGAUUCACACAUUAUUAUACUUUUAACAAUACAUUAAACGCGAAAACAAAAUUGAAAUAUUUUAUCUUAAAUAAACUGAAUUGGAAAAUUGCUACUAUUGAAUAUAUGGAAUGGAAAAACAAAUCAAAAGAAGACAAAAUAAAAUAUUUAGAAAAAAAUAUACUAGACAAAAUAUAA